AAAAGAAAAGAAGCCUAGUCUCUUAUCUCUCUACUAUUUCUCAUCACCUCCAUUAAUACAAUGGCACCAUCUAAAGACAUUAUUAAUGCAAACUCAUCCUUAGUGUUCAUGGUGACGAGGCGGACGCCGGAACUAAUCCGUCCGGCAGAACCCACCCCAUAUGAGUUCAAAGAACUUUCGGACAUCGACGAUCAAGAGAGCCUCCGAUACCAAAUACCGUUCAUACAAUUCUACCGAAAUGAAUCCACCCAUAUGCAUAUGGGGAGGGGGGACCCGGUGAGAGUUCUCAAGGAAGCCGUGGCGAAGGCUUUAGUGCCAUACUAUCCCUUGGCAGGGCGGCUGAGAGAGAAUUCUGGAAGGAAACUGGAGGUGGAGUGUAAUGGGGAAGGGAUCAUAUUCAUUGAGGCAGAUGCUGAUGUUACUCUUGAGGAUUUUGGUGAUAUAAUUCAACCUCCUUUUCCUUUGGAAGACCUUCUUUUUGAUGUCCCUGGCUCUACUGCUAUCUUAGGGACCCCUUUGAUUCUCAUGCAGGUCACCAGGCUCAAAUGCAGUGGCUUCAUUGUGGCACUUCGACUGAACCACACAAUGACCGGUCUUCCUGGCCUAGUCCAAUUCAUGAAUGCAGUAGCUGAGCUCGCGCGUGGAGCCCAAUCACCAUCGAUCCAGCCAGUGUGGGAGCGCCACCUUCUUCGCGCUAGGGACCCACCCCGAGUCACCUUUGAGCACGAAGAGUAUGAUACAAUAGCUGACACCAAAGGCACCGUUAUUCCAUUUGAGGACAUGGUGCACAAAUCCUUCUUCUUUGGGCCCACCGAAAUAGCUGCUAUAAGGCAGUUGAUACCAGUGAAUCAAAAAGCUACAACAUUCGAAAUUCUAAGUGCAUUUAUUUGGCGUUGCCGCACAAGUGCGCUACAACCGGAGCCGGAAGAAAUAGUGAGAAUGAUGUGUGUGAUCAGUAUUCAAAACCUAUUCAACCCUCCAUUAUUACCUCCGGGCUUCUAUGGUAACACCAUUGUUUUUUCCAUGGUCACUUCUACCGCUGCCAAACUUUGUAUUAACCCAAUUGAGUAUGCCUUGGAACUCGUGAAAAAUUCCAAAUCAACCGCUACAUCACAAGAGUACGUCAGGUCAACUAUUGAUUACAUGGUCAUCAAAGGUAGGCCCCACUUUACAGUGGCUCGAAAUUUCGUGGUUUCUGACCUGACUCGAGUUGGGUUUGACAAACUGGACUACGGGUGGGGACAGCCUGCUUAUGGUGGGCUUGCUAAAGCUGGAGUCGGAGCAAUACCUGGAGUUUUGAGUUGUUAUGUUCCGUUUAAGAAUAGGCAUGGAGAGAAAGGAAUUGUGGUUCCUAUUUGUUUGCCUCAGAGUGCUAUGGACCUAUUUGUUAAAGAGUUAAAUCGGUUGUUGUAUCAUGCUCCGAACCAUCUCUCAGUUGCUUUAAGAGCUUCAUCUAUUUCUUCUUCUCUGUGAUCAUGCACACUAGUGUAUUGUUCAAAACUUAUCCGAUGUCAUGUCAUGUCAUGUCAUGUCAUGUCGUUGUUAUCAGAAACUAAAGUCGUUAAGUUUGUAAUGCACGUGUGUGAUUUCUUAAUGUGUACGUGAGCCGUCAGGCAUAAAUAAAAACAAGCAAUAUGGUGUUAUGAA